CGGCUCCGUCACCGGAUGGGCACCGUCCCCUUCCUCCCGGGUUGGUGUGUCUUCCUUCCGGCUCGCCGAAGAAAGUUAAGGGAGGUUCAGCGGCAACUGGGCUUUUACAUAAUGGACAGCCAGGGAAGGAAAGUGGUGGUCUGCGACAAUGGGACCGGGUUUGUCAAGUGCGGCUAUGCAGGCUCCAACUUCCCCGAGCACAUCUUCCCUGCACUUGUCGGGAGGCCCAUCAUUCGCUCGACAGCCAAAGUGGGAAACAUCGAGAUCAAGGACCUGAUGGUCGGGGACGAAGCCAGCGAGCUGCGCUCCAUGCUGGAGGUCAACUACCCCAUGGAGAACGGCAUUGUCAGGAACUGGGACGACAUGAAGCACCUGUGGGACUACACCUUCGGCCCCGAGAAGCUCAACAUCGAGUCCCGCAACUGCAAGAUCUUGCUGACGGAGCCCCCCAUGAACCCCACCAAGAACCGAGAGAAAAUCAUCGAGGUUAUGUUCGAGACCUACCAGUUCUCAGGAGUCUACAUUGCUAUUCAAGCUGUGCUGACACUGUAUGCCCAAGGCCUCCUGACUGGUGUGGUGGUCGACUCCGGGGACGGCGUGACGCACAUCUGUCCGGUGUAUGAAGGAUUCAGCCUGCCCCACCUGACGAGACGCCUGGACAUCGCAGGCAGGGACAUCACCCGCUACCUCAUCAAGUUGUUGCUGUUGAGGGGUUACGCUUUCAACCACUCUGCAGACUUUGAGACCGUGCGCAUGAUGAAGGAGAAGCUCUGCUACGUGGGCUACAACAUCGAGCAGGAGCAGAAGCUGGCGCUGGAGACCACCGUACUGGUGGAAUCAUACACGCUGCCAGAUGGUCGUGUGAUCAAGGUGGGAGGAGAGCGGUUUGAGGCCCCGGAGGCUCUGUUCCAGCCGCACCUCAUCAACGUGGAGGGAGUCGGGGUGGCCGAGCUGCUCUUCAACACCAUCCAGGCGGCCGACAUCGACACCAGGCCUGAAUUCUACAAACACAUCGUGCUGUCAGGAGGAUCCACCAUGUACCCGGGGCUGCCGUCCCGCCUGGAGAGGGAGCUCAAGCAGCUGUACCUGGAGCGCGUGCUCAAGGGAGACGUGGACAAGCUUUCGAAAUUCAAGAUCCGCAUCGAAGACCCUCCCAGGCGAAAGCACAUGGUGUUCCUGGGCGGGGCCGUGCUGGCCGACAUCAUGAAGGACAAGGACAACUUCUGGCUGACCCGGGAGGAGUACCAGGAGAAGGGAGUCCGCGUGCUGGAAAAACUCGGCGUCACCGUCAGAUAAAGCGGACACGCACAAACACAAACGCACACACACACACACACACACACUCGCACGCACGCAUACACACGACGACGACAUGCACACAUUCCCCCCCCCCCCCCCCCCCCCCCAUCGCAGAGUAUAUAUCUAUUUAUCCCUCUUCUUUCUUUCUCUCUCGGCUCUCGACUCUCCUGAACGUCAGAGAGAAUCGAGCCGUCGCCGCCUCCUCUCUUUCUUUUUCUCUCUGCGCUCUCCUCUCGGCCUCUCUUCUCCCCUGGUUUGGGAUUGGCUCCACACUUUUUCCUCGCAAAAUACCCACGAUCUCCACCGAAAAACCCCCCUCUCCGCCUUCACUCUUAACUAGGAAUAGAAGGGGUUAAUAUCGCCCUGUACUGAAGGAGAAGGCUGAAACCAGUGCGGGGGUUUGAUGUGAACUAGAUUUGGCAGGUGAAGCCACCAGUCAUUCAGAAAAGUUUUGGUCUCCUCCUCCUCGAUUUAACGUCCCGAGGGGAUGAAUAAAAAAGAAAAUAUUGAUGCAAAGUUUCUAAGCAACUCACGAGGGUCUGUAAUAUCACAAUCAGGGUCCACCACCACCAUGUGUUCCAGGUGAGCGAGAACUGAUCAUAGUUUAACGUCGGGUUGUAUUUUUUUUUUUUAAAUUAUAAAUGAUAUCAUGAUUUUUCUUUUUCUGGGAGAGGGAUAACAUUUUUUUUUCUUUUUUUGCUUUUCCUUCUUUCGUUGGAUGUAUGAGCUCAUUUAUAUCUUUAAAUCUAAUUUUCUUUCUUUUCUUUUUUUCUUGCUGUGCACUACUACCAUUGUAAAUGGAGUGUAUAGCGGUAACAGAAGUUCCUCCAUGUAUUGAUGAAGAAUUAAUGGUUGAUUUAAUAAAGGGACAAAUACGCAGAGUUAUUGAGCCCCCGCCCCCCCCCCUGAGCUUUGACAUCGGUUGUGUGACGGUACUUUCUUUUUGGGGGGUUGGGGGGUUUGCGGUUGGCGUUACUAUUUGUUCCUCGUCAGACGGACUGGCCUCUGCCUCCUCCUCCUCCUCUGGGCGGGAGUCUGAAGCCGAACGAACGGGUGCGAGCGGUGCGACUGAAGACUGCGACCGCGCCGUCUUCGUGUCUCACCUGUGACGUUUCCUUCAGAAUCCACCCAAGCGACGGAGGCAGUCGCCGAGGCCGCCGACGAGACGGAUUCGAAUCUGGGCACAGAGCAAACGAAAAACUGGGAAAAUGAAACGGUAAUUUUUUGUUGUUGUUUUUGUUUUCUUUCUUCUUGAAGUUGAAAUGCUGUUGAGACCAUAUUUAAUAUCUACAGUCUUUUCGCUCCCAGCGGUUGACUUAUUGAUUACUGGAGGCACUUCUUUUUUUUUUAUUUUUGAGUUUGAUUACAUAUGUAUAUUUCCUUUUUUUUCUUUUCUUUCCUCUUUCCAUGAACGUCUUAUCCAGUCAAGUGCCAAGUGCAGUUAAUGUUAACUGGAUCUCAUGUUUUAAUGUCUUUCUUUUGUCACGUUUUUUUAUUUUUCCUGUGUUGUUCAUAGCAUAACUGCCUAACGCUGAUUUAAAUAAAAGAAAAGUGAUUUAUAA